CCCUCUCUGCUGGUGUUUCACCCUGGACUGAAGCGUUGCCACUACAACCCACCGUAUUUCUUUUUUUUUUUAGAAAGGGUGGGAGCGUGUCGGUGUUGUCUCUUCUGCACAUUCUCUUUGUUGUUGAUUUCUGGGAUUACUUGAUUUAGGAGUACGUCAUCUAAAUCUAUACGUCUAGAUCCUAUGGACUUCAAACAAUGUUGGCAGGAGCAGUUGGUUGGUCUUGCAGCAGGGUAGCUAACCUUCUACUGGUUUUCUUACUGCAAUUCCCUGGUCCAUUGACCCUGGUGGCAAGUGGCGUAAUUCGAAUAUGUUUUGAUGGCAAUGAAGAUCAUAAUUUGGGACAGGUCAAGAUCCAAUGUGGGGAGGACGAUGUAAUCGAUAUUGAAGAGGCUUUGCUCGUCAGAAAUAAAUGGGGACGCUGCCUCUUCAUGGAUGGCGAUUGUGUUGAGAAAACCCGCAUCUUCAACAGUUGCAAUGGCCAAACUAUAUGUAACAAGAGCUACAAGGUCUAUUCUGCGAAGUGUGGAUACAGCACUAUGAUGACGUUAUUGUAUUCCUGUCGUCCGGCCUUGUCUCUGCUGUCUACCACUUCAACUCCUGCACCUUCAGUGAAGUCCAGUAGGGAAUCGGCGCCUACUAGUGUUAGCAGACUGAAUGUUCUGAAUAUUGUUCAGAAUAGUAGUUCUGAAAGACCAUCAGUGUAUACAGUGGCCCCAGAAGUCAAGGGAAAAAAUGAACAUGACGGUAAAGAGUUCAAAGAAACUGCCAUCAUUGUGGGAUGUGUCAUUGCAUCUGUUGUGACAGUCAUAGCACUUUUUGUAGCCAUUGUCCUAGUUGUCAAGAGGCUAUUGCAAAAAAAGAAUUCUAGAGUGGAAGACUCACAUUCUGAGAAAGAUUGCACAGAGACAACUUGCAUAAAUUUAGAUGUGCCUUGCUUUACACCUGGUGCAACGAGAGAACAAGCUGAGCGAGAUAUCAAGACUGCCAAAAGGACCAUAAACAAGGCUUCAUCUUUCAGAACCUUUACUGGCAAAACAAAAACUCGCAUGGCACCAGUAGGAGAGGAAAGUGUAACGGAUCAAGUUACUGUCCACUGUGAAAACAACUUGCCAUCCUCCCCCCAAUCUUCUGCCAGGAUGGUUUCAUGGAGUAGUACCAGUCAUCCAACCUCAGAUAAUAUUGACAAAGAUCUGACUGGGUCAUUCGUUGAUUGCCCUGCUAUUUUACAAACAGAGGUACACAUAAGACGAUCACUAAAACGUGAUGCCAAAAAUAACAACAUUGGACAAAAACUCAAUGAAAAUCUAAAAAGUAAAUCAAAAUCCAAAAAUAAUUUGAAAACAACAGAUGAUUUCACAAGUUUGGCUGCAAAAAAUGAAGAGGCAGCAUCACCUAGAUUAAACCAAAAAUCAUGUAGGAUUUAAAAAUUUAGCUAUAAAAAUAGAUGAACUUGUGCAAAUUAAACCUGACAAUGUUUCAAACAAAGCUGUCAAUAAUGAAAAAAGAAAUACAGUAUUCCUUGACUUAGUCCCACAAAACUGCUCUCUGGGUCCCAUAGUUACCAAACAAUGCUAACCUUUGGUGAAAAUGUAAAUAUUUCAGACAAGAUACACAGCAGACAUCUUCCCAUUUGAAAAUGUAAGUCAUUGUUAUACAGGAAGAAUUGUACACUUUGGUUUCUUAUAGUUAUAAUGUUUUUUGUUUGGUGUAAUGCACAAAUUGUAAGACAAAUUUCCUUACGGAUAAUAAAGAUUAUUAUUAUUAUUAUUAUUAUUAUUAUUAAAAUGUUUAGAUCUAUGUGUGUAUUACUAUAUUUUUUUAAAAAGUUUUAAUUAGCUUCAAUUCAAUCUGUUUUAAGAUUCAGACAAUAUCUGU